AUGGCCUCGCUCGAGAACCUCGCUGUUAUUGUUACCGGCGGAGCCGGCGGCCUCGGCAAGGCCAUUGCCACCGCUUUCCUCGCUGCGGGCAGCCAGGUCGCCGUCUGCGAUGUCUCCGCGCCCCGCAUCGCCGAAGUUACGACCGAGUGGGAGGCGUCCCACUCUGGUAAAUUUAUCGCCGCGACGGCUGAUAUCACCGACGAGGCCGCUUCCCAGGCCUUUGUCGAUUCCGUCGUCGCCAAGUUUGGCAAGCUUGACAUGCUCAUCAACAAUGCCGGUAUCAUGGAUUCCUUCGACCCCAUCGGCACGACCGACAAGACGGUCUGGGACCGCGUCAUGAACGUCAACGUCACUGGCCUUUUCCUCAUGACCAAGGCAGCAGUUAACGGUACCAUGGCCGGCGCUGCCUACACGGCCAGCAAGCAUGCCGUUCUCGGCCUCACCAAGAAUACCGCCGGGUUCUACGGAGACAAGGGCAUCUACUCUAUUGUCUUGCUCGUUGGAGCAAUGACAAAUACCAACAUUGUCGACGCCUUUGCCCUUUCGGCGCCCAACCAAGCCAACAUGGGCGUCUCUCACCAACUCAACCCGGGGUUCAACCCUGCCACCACGGGCGUGCCUCUUGAGGAUGUUGCCAAGUACUGCAUCUUCUAUGCCGACCGAAACGUUGCCCACGCCUCGAACGGAUCGACCAUUACCGUGAACAAGAACUGGCCCGUUGCCUAA